UCUCCCCUACCUUUCCCCCCUUUUUGUUUUCUUCUUCUUCCUUUCACUUUUCUCAAAGCAAAGGGAGUUUUACAUUAAUAAUUUGACUUGAUAUUACAGCUGUCAGGAUAUGUCAAGUUACUUAGAGAAGGCUGGGACGCCAAAAGCUAAAACUGAUUUAAAAAACAAACAACAAACAGUGAGCUUGAAACAACGCGUACUCAAAAGAGAGCUCGAAAUUACAGGUAUCAUAUCUCUACUAGUUGUGUUUGCCUACAUGCUAGGCGAUCCCUUAGCAGUAAAGUGCAUAAGUGUAUCUUACCAGGUUGGAAAUGUAAAUCAAUACGAUAAAGGGUAUAACGAUUGCUAUUUCGUUGCAUUCUGGGCUGUUACGUUUGCUUUUUUACGAGCUGCUUUCAUGAAAUUUUUAUUUCAUCCUACUGCUCAAUCAUUAAAUAUUGAGCCUUUCUCUAAAAGAGAAAGGUUUGCGGAACAAGGAUGGUCACUCACGUAUUAUACUUUAUAUUGGUCAUAUGGAAUGUACAUCAUGUAUAACGGCCCUCACUGGUUAAACACUUCUUAUUACUGGAUUGACUAUCCUCAUAUUCUUAUUUCUAGACAAACUAAAACGUAUUAUUUGAUGCAACUUGCUUUUUGGGUACAGCAAGUAUACACUAUUCACAUCGAGAAAAGAAGGAAAGAUCACUUUGCAAUGGUUACGCAUCACUUCAUUACUAUUAUUCUCAUAGCAUCAAGUUAUUUUACCAACUUUACUCGUAUCGGAAAUGCUGUUCUUUGCUGCAUGGACCUGUCUGACAUUAUACUAUCUCUUGCCAAAUUAUUGAAGUACAUUGGCUUAUCCAAGACAUGUGACAUUACAUUCGGAAUAUUUGCUCUCUCAUGGCCUCUUACCAGACAUGUACUAUUUUCGAUGAUAAUUUGGGCAACUGCUACUGAACCAAGUAGAUAUAUAGACAUGAAGUGGGAACCUGAAAAAGGGAAGUAUUUUACUCCAUUAACUCAGAAGAUAUAUGUAUUUCUAUUUGUCAUGUUAAACAUAAUAAUGGUCUACUGGUUUGCGAUGAUAGUAAAAGUGAUUGUUGGCGUUUUAAAGGGCAAAAACGCCGAGGAUACUCGUAGUGACGACGAAGAAGAAAGCGAUCAUAUCGAGCAAAAAAGUGGUUAACAUGCUCGUUUGCUUAAACAAGAAGGCUCAUAAAUUUCGUAUACCUAAUUCCUGUCAAAUAAAUAAACGACUCUCACGAAAGGUCUGUUUGCGCUAUACAAUCAUUAAGUUUGAUUGCCUAUAUUAAUAAAAAAACUGAAUCAGAGUUCAA